AUGCUAAUCGGAUCUGGAGCUACUUUAUCGUUGCUUUCUAUCGGCCUAAUCAAUUUGUCGCGAGAUAAAUGUGAUUUGGUUUUACAAAAAACGCAGUCAGGUUGGGUGGUUGCCGGAGGUUUGAAUAACGAAGAGGGGAACUCUGUACUGACGUGUAAUUUGGCUAAUUUAUCCGAGCAAUUGGCCAAGUUUUGGGUGACCGAAAACGCGAAUAUGAAAUCUUCAAAGACGUCAGAAGAAUCGCUGUGCGAGGUGUAUUAUGUGGAAAAUACCGUGCGUGACGCGAACGGCCGUUACGUGGUGCGUUUGCCUUUCCGAAAUAGCGAUCUCGAUCUCAGUAACUCACGCUCUCAAGCUCUUAGACGUUUCCAUUUCGUGCGAAGAAGAUUAGAGUCAAAUCCUGAUUUAAAAUCUGAGUAUCAUAAAGUUAUUCAGGAACAUAUUGAUAUGGGGCACAUGUCUUUGGUUCGUAACGAAACAGCUAACGGCUAUUACAUGCCUCAUCAUGCUGUAAUUAAAGCCUCUAGUGCUACCACCAAGGUACGAGGGGUAUUUGACGCAUCAGCUAAGAUGGACAAAGGCAUUUCAUUGAAUGACACUUUGAUGGUCGAUCCGACUAUACAACCUUCUCUUUUCGAACAACUGAUGAGAUUUCGCUCGCACGUUUAUGUGUUAACGGCCGACAUCGAGAAGAUGUAUCGGCAAGUAUUGGUUCAUCCUGAAGACCGUCAAUAG